AACCCAGUCCAUUCGCACCGCCCUCAAAAGGAAGAAAACUUUUCUCGUUUUGUUCUAUACCACUUUCCAAAACAGUUUCAGGAAACAGUACGCCUCCUCGAGUCUCGACAUCCAUCCAAUCGUCUCUCACUAAUUCUUCAUCCCUUCCCCCAAUUUCCUCUCAAUCGGAUACGCAAAAGCCAAGGGGGGGGGGGUUUGGCCCUUCUUUUUCUACUACUACAAGCUACUACUGUAACUAACAUGGAAGAAUCUCUCCCUGCUCGGAGCAAAGAAGAAACAAUGUCUCCGCUUAACACAGCCCAAGACCCAAUUCCUCAGCCCAAUCCUCUUCCUCCUCGCAACAACGAUAGCAACAGCAGCAGCAGCAGCAAGAAAAGAAAGCAAUGUGAUGCUGACAUUCACAACUCCGCCUACUUCAAAAUCCUUCACAUUGUUCAACAACUUCGUCCCCACUUCAUCGAGGCUCUUCAGGCACCUGACUUCCGCAAUUGCAAACCAUCGUACGAAAUUCGAAAGCGGAUGAAGCUUGUUAUGGAUUUGUACAAACAUAUGCAAAUUGAGGGAAACCCAAUAGAGGACUAUGAGAGUAAAUCAGCAAGUCAGAUUUUGCCGGGUGAAAAGAAGCUUGAGAAAGAACAUGGACUUAUCCAACCGAAUUCUGUCCUGAAGAAAUUGCCAGAAAAGGAGCUUACACCCGACCCUCUCAGAUCAGGGGAAAAGUACGAUGAUGGCCAUCCCAAGGGGUCCUAUAUCGUGGGUGGAUCCAUUUCCAGUAGGAACUUCAUCACAUUUGCACACAGAAACCCACCAGUGUAUUAUGGGGUAACAAAAGAGUCUUAUAGGCUUAGUCAUAGCAAGUCAGAUGAAAGAUAACUUGUGCUUAGGAGAUGGUCUUAAUGGCAGGAAGUAAGGAGUUACCCUAGGUACAAUAGAAUUUUUCACAAUGAUAUAUUUUGCAUAUGCUUGGUGUACAGAGGUGAUGGUUUUUUUUUUUUUUUUUUUAAAUUUUUGGUGUAUUUUGUGUUUUGGUCCAACUUAUACUGCCUUUCAAGAGGGGUUUUGUUUCUUACUUCCAAUUAC